GAGGAGUCGACUUGAGUGAUGAACUCAGAGCAGGAAAGGCCGUUUGUGUGCAGCGCCCCUGGCUGUUCUCAGCGAUUCCCCACUGAGGACCAUCUGAUGAUACACCGACACAAGCACGAAAUGACCCUGAAGUUCCCUUCCAUAAAGAACGACAACAUGCUCUCAGACCAGACGCCCACCCCGACACGCUUCUUAAAGAACUGCGAAGAAGUGGGACUGUUCAGCGACCUGGACUGCUCCAUCGAGCAGGAGUUCCGCAAAGCCCAGGAGGAGGAGGACAACAAACAGAAUAUCUCGCUGCAUGGCCAGGCAGGUCAAGGCCAGCACCAGCAGCCCCAUUCUCGGAUGGCCAACCACGACACCAGCAUUGUGAUCCAGCAGGCCCUGCCGUCUCCUCAGUCCAGCUCCGUCAUCACUCAGGCUCCCUCCACCAACAGACAGAUAGGGCCUGUCCCUGGCUCUCUAUCCUCACUGCUGCACCUAAGGAACAGACAGAGACAGCCUCUACCAGCCUCCAUGCCUGGCACCCUGCCAGACCCGACCAUGCCCGGCUCCUCCGCUGUGCUAAUGCCUAUGGAGAGACAGAUGUCCAUGGGCUCCAAUAUGAUGGGUAUGCAAGGCCCCGCCCACAACAACUCCUGCUCAUCCAAUCACGUUCCCUCCAUGCACUCAGAAGCCAAACUUAGGCUGAAGGCAGCACUUUCGCACCACCCAAGCGCCAUCGCCAACGGCAACAUGAAUUCCAUGGGUCACAUGAUGGAGAUGAUGUCAUCGCGGCAGGAGCAAGGGGCCCACCACCACAUGCACUCGCACUCGCACCCGCACCAGCACCUGCAAGCCCCGCCCCACGCCUACCAGCACCACACCCACCACCACCACAGCCAGGCCCACGGCCAGAGCGGGCACCACCACCCGCAGGGACACAACCCACACCACAACUCCCACAAUCCUCACCUCCAUCCUGGGCACCCGCAUCAGACCUCGCCCCACCAGCCUCUUCACUCUGGCUCACAGAUGUCACCCGCAGCCCAGCAAAUGCAACCUACGCAAACGCUCCAGUCUCCGCCACCCAGCGGGGGGCGCCGCAGGAGGGUGGUGGACGAGGACCCGGACGAGCGACGGCGGAAGUUUCUGGAGCGCAACAGGGCGGCCGCGACCCGGUGCAGGCAGAAGAGGAAAGUGUGGGUGAUGUCGCUGGAGAAGAAGGCGGAGGAGCUCACACAGACCAACAUGCAGCUUCAGAACGAAGUGACCAUGCUGAAGAAUGAGGUGACCCAACUCAAGCAGCUUCUCCUCACCCACAAAGACUGUCCCAUCACCACUAUGCAGAAAGAGUCCCAAGGUUACCUCAGUCCGGAGAGCAGUCCAGCGGGCAGUCCGACUCCAGCGUGCUCCCAGCAGCAGGUCAUCCAGCACAACACCAUCACCACCUCCACCACAGCUGUAGGGGGCAGCGGCGGGCAUGCACAGCCCAACCAUCGCACAUCGGACAUUAACCCCAUCCACUAG